AUGGACCAGGAGAUGAAGCAGGCCGAGCAAUCGCCGUCGCCAGCUCCCAUGGCGAUGGCUUCUCUGCCGGCCGCGUCGCCUCAACCACAACAAGACGUCGAGAUGCACCAGGACCAGGACUCCCCUCAGACUCCGAUGCAACUCGACUUGUCAAGCCCCGUGCCAAAUACCAAUAGUCAGCCACAGCAACAGCAGCAACAGCAGCAACAGCAACAGCACCAACCGCAACAACUGCAACCCCAGGUCAAUCAGAUCAACGGGCAACAGCUCACCGGUCAGAUUCCUGGCCAAUUUCCUCUUCCCGGCCAACCUCCAAGCCAGGUCAAUAGCCCAGUCUCUGUCGGAACUCCUGGACAAGUUCCUGGCUUAGCCCUCCCAGCACCUGUCAUCAAGCGAAGAGCUCCAAUCGCUUGCCGAAGAUGCCGCCGUAUGAGAAGCAAAUGUCUCCAUGACAAGGCCCAACCUCCCUGCCAGGCUUGCCGCGAUGCUGGACUUGGUCCGGCUGACUGUACUUUCCCCGUCCGUGGCCAGCCCGAUCAAGAUCGCGAAUACCGACACCCUCGAAUCAGAGCCGACAAGGCGACCAAACGAGACCCCGCGAAGGUCCGACGCGAAAUCCUCGAUGCACCCGUACGCUCACCAGCGCCGGCGGUGCCCAGACCUAUCAAGGGCUACGAUGAAUGGGAUCUUCUGCCGCCGCUGCCUGAAAUAGUCGAAGCCGUCCACAAGUUCACAGCUCACUACUUCCAGUUGGGCUUCAUCCACAAGCAACACUUUCCCGAGCGGCUACGGACGAACCACCGAUCUGUCAGCGUGUUUUUCCUGCUAAGCAUCUUGAGCAUUUCGGCCCGACUGACGCCAACAUUGGUGGAUCGGUUUGGCGGUGCUGUUCAGGCCGCUGAAGUCUUUAUGGAACGCGCCUCCGAGGUUGCUUGCCGCGAACUGUAUAGAGAUCCGGACCUGGAGAGAUGCCAGGCGUUCUACCUGUUGAGUAUUGCCCAGCAGGGAAGCAGCUUGAAACAACAGAGCUCGAUCAACAUGGCAAUUGCUAUGCGUAUGGCCACAUUGAUGGGACUGCAUAGGGAGGAGACCUACAGGCUGCCGGAAAACCCCUCAGAGGAACUAAUCAUGAGGGCAGAGUCCGCCCGCCGCACCUUGUGGAUGCUCCAUAGUCAAGACAACCUCCAUUCGGGUCCGCGGUGCCCCGUAUCUCUAUCAGCCAGCGAUAUCACAGCAUUACUGCCUUGCAACGAGAAGGACUUCGCCACUGGUCAAAUUCCAAAGUCGAGAGCAGCGCUCCAGGACACUCCCCCGGCCCUGGAGAACCCUAGUCUUGUUACCGACGAGGGUCGGUCCCUGUUUGCAACGCUUAUCCAGGCCCAUUACUUCUGGGGAGCGAUCCCCCGCCGGGUGCUUAGCAACGAUAAGGUUACGGAUCCAUGGGAGCCAGAAAGCGAGUAUGCAAUUAUGGUCAACCGCCUUGCGGAAUGGGAGAGGGGUUUGCCUAAUGACCAUCGGUGGAGUAGCUUUCUCCUUAAGGGCUACAAGCAGGAAGGCCAGGACCUGGCAUACCUCGGUGUGACGAUGAUAACGCGGCUCUGCAAUAUUGUUCUUAGGAAGGCAUACUUGACCGAUAUCUUGUCCGACGAUAAGUCCCAACCAGAGCGCACAGCUUUCUGGACUGAAAUGUCUCGUCAACUGUUCAGCAACGUGAGAGAUCUGUACGAACAAAUCGACACUCAAUAUAACGAGCGGUCACCCGAGGAAGGUCCUGGGGCACAGAUGGCGGCGUUCUGCGUUUACAGCUGUGGCUUCCUCGCAUGCUACUUGUGCAAAUAUCCAAAUCUCUGCCCUGAGCCAGCCAUUACUCGCGAAGGCCCUUCAAUGGUUGCUCGUGUUCUCAGCAUCUUGGCAGAAAGCAGGAACAUAUGGCCUUUGGCAACUAGGUGGUAUGAGCAUCUGGAACGGUUCUACACAGCCCAAAGCGGCGUGAUAGUUGGUAACGAGGGUACCAUGGCGGACAGCAUGCCGACUGUCCAGCAACAGCAAGCCCAGGCUCAAGCUCACAUGGCUUUGGUUCAAGCACAAGCACAAGCACAAGCCCAGGCUCAGGCUCAGGCUCAGGCUCAGGCUCAGGCGCAGGCUCAAGCUCAGGCUCAAGCACAGACACAACAGGCACAGCAGGUACAAGUACAGGCACAACAGCCAUCGCAGCUACACUCAACCUUUACUGCUCAGAUGCAGGCCCAACAGGUACAGCAAGCUUUAAGCGAAAAGCAGGAGUCUGUACCUCAGGGUAGUCCGGAACAGGCGAUCAUUAGCCCGGCACAACCCAGUGUCCCAACUCCCGCGAUGUUCAUCGACCCUAGUCUGCGUGUGCCUACAUCCUCACAACCGCAGGAGCAGACUCCUGCUCCAACCGCUCCCCAGCUGCAAGAUUCGACAUCCCCUUUGCAACAGGGGCAGCAACCGCAACCUGUCGCCGCUGGUGUAGCUGGUCGGCAGUCAACAGAUGGGCUGGGCCUACUCAUCGAAGCGUUUGACACUCAACAAGCUGGUGGCGUCCCUCCAACGACCACGGCUGGUCAAGGACAAGUUCCGUAUGACCCACAAGCAACCCCGCAGCAGUAUUACCCGCAACCCGGUACCUUGGGCGUCAAUGACGGGUAUGAGAACGAGCUGGGCUAUUACAUGUCGGAUCAGGGGCAACCCGGUGCUAUGCAAAGCUGGGUUGGUGGAACGAAUAUGUAUGGGUAUUAGGAGCAACCCACACAGAAAGACAUGGCGGAGGCGGAGUUCAUAAAGAGGGACUUUGGGAAUUAAAAGAGCAAGGAGUUGAUAUAGGCGAUAUGUCUAGGUUAGGUGGGGCAUCAUCCGGUUGACGGUUGGAGUAGGGAAUCAGGCGUACCUUGAAAAAGAAAAAUAAGAAAAAAAAAGAGAAUAUAUAAGGAGUUGGACUAUGGAUGGUCUGGAUUUCUAUAAACUAACGAAUACGUAGGAUCUCGGUGUUCAACUUUGCUACUUCGGGGGGAAGAGGUUUUGCGCCAUGGCCAUGGCUUUACACUAUAGCUCUGUUGAGGUCAAAUGGCCAUGAUUGUAGUAGCGCAUGCAUGGCUGGCGCUGUUGGACUAGUCCAUUCCGAAACCUUGCUAUAGUGGUUGGAAAUCGAUAGAUUAACG